UACGCUGUACGCCGCGACGGCGAUGUGUACCUCGUCUUCUCCUCAGAAAAAUUAACGUCUCAACCACGACCAUGUACUUUACGUUCGGGACGGACAUCGAUCCUUUUCUAGUGAAAAACUUCAAUGUGCAAUCCACCAUCGGGUUAGUGACGUUAUGCGUUGGUUUGAUAGCAUUGGCGGUGGUCUUCGAGUCACUGAAAACUGUGCAUUUCAUGACGAGGAUUCAUCGACGGUUAUUAUGUUGUAGUCAGCCAGAUUGCAAGGAAUAUAUUAAUAAAGAAGCGUUCAUGGUUACAUUUAGAAUGAAAAUUUUUGACUGCAUUAGAACAUUGGGAGUUUACAUGUUUCAAAUGUUAGUUGGAUAUAUUUUAAUGUGCGCAAUAAUGACAUUCAAUGGGUACAUUUUUUUUGCCACUGUUGGAGGAUAUGGUUUGGGAUACUGGUUGUUUGGCUUAACAAUGAUGCAUUUGUCAGCAAAGAAUUUACUUAAAUCCCAAGAUAUUCCAAUCAGAUGUAAAAACUGUACUAGAAUCAAUGUUAACAAAAAAGAUACUACCGAGGAUAGUAUUAGUACUGAUAUAAGUGACGAUAUAGGACCUAGCACAAGUUCUGUGGUUGAAGUGGAAAUACAUACCUAAUAGAUUGUAAUAUAAUAUAUUAUAUUUUUAUAAAAUAUUAUACUUUAUGGAAAUAUUAUUUUCUGAAAUGUUAAGAUACUUGUAUAAACUUUUAUUUUAUAAUCAAGAAAUUUAAAAUAUGUUUGUUGUUACCAUUUAUCCACAUGUUUAUUCAUUUAUUGGCAAACCAAAGAUAUUAUUUAUUUAUUAAUUAAAAUUUGUUUUAAGCUACUGUUGAUACCAUUAUUUCUAUUGUAUUGAAUAAACUGUACAUAGAAGUUCAACUGACAGUCUUAAAAACAAUGGAUUAUUUUUAAUUUCAAUGCAAGAAUAACAUUUUAUAUAAAUUGAAUUACUGAUUAUAAAUAUUAUCCUGUUAUACUUUGGUAGUUGACUAUAAUUAUUAUCUUCAAUCAUUACAUUUAUAAUUAUGUGUUAUAUAUUUUGUAACAACAGAAUCUUGCAAUAAUAUCUUUUACAUAAAAACAUGUUUGUUGGUUUUAAUAAUUUAUUGUUAAGUAAUUAGGUAUAUGAUAAAUUUAUAUUUUAUAUAUUAUUAUUGACAUUUUUGUUUUUAUAUAUUAUAGUUGUUAACUAAGUGUAAGGCUCAUAAUUUUUUACUCAAUAACUGAAAAUUUGUCCAACAAUAUAUUUUUUAUUAUAAAUUAUAAAUAUGUUUCAUAGUUAAAAA